GGGGGGGACCGAAUUGCCCAAAUUCUCCCAAUUGAGUGCACAUCCGGAAUCUCGACGAUCACACUGUAUCGCACCCUUUUGCCUUUUUUUAAGAAGCAUAUAUAUGGGUUUUUUAAAUUACUAUUAUUAAUUUAUUCUAUUCCGGGCGAGUUUUAUGGUUCACGUUAACACUCCGGGAGGGCAGAAAUGGCGGCCAACAUGUACCGGGUCGGAGAUUAUGUAUUCUUUGAGAACUCUUCCAGUAACCCAUACCUGAUCCGCCGGAUAGAAGAACUCAACAAGACGGCCAGUGGCAAUGUGGAGGCCAAGGUGGUUUGUUUCUACAGAAGGCGAGACAUCUCCCACAGCCUCAUCCAGCUCGCAGACAAACAUGCAAAGGAGUUGGAAGAGGAGAAGGAGAGCCCAACGGAAACAGACCAUACAGAAAAACAGAAACACCAGCUUCGCCACAGAGAGCUCUUCCUCUCCCGACAAUAUGAGAGUCUACCCGCGACACACAUCAGGGGGAAGUGCAGUGUCGCAUUACUGAAUGAGACUGAAGCCGUACUUUCAUACCUUGACAAAGAGGAUACCUUCUUCUACUCGCUGGUGUACGACCCGACACAGAAGACCCUGCUGGCCGACAAAGGCGAGAUCAGAGUGGGACCUCGCUUUCAGGCAGACGUACCUGAAAUGCUACAAGAGGGUGAGGCAGACGACAGGGACCAGUCGAAGCUAGAAGAGAAGCUGUGGGAUCCGGAGUGUCCGCUCACCAACAAACAGAUAGACCAAUUCCUAGUGGUGGCACGGGCUGUUGGGACCUUUGCUCGAGCGUUGGACUGCAGCAGCUCAGUCAGACAGCCAAGCUUACACAUGAGUGCGGCUGCAGCCUCACGAGAUAUCACACUGUUCCACGCGAUGGACACGCUGCAUCGUCAUAACUACGACCUGUCCAGUGCGCUGAGUGUGCUGGUCCCAGCGGGCGGCCCGGUGCUCUGCAGGGAUGAGAUGGAGGAGUGGAGCGCGUCAGAAGCCGCCAUGUUCGAAGAGGCACUAGAGAAAUACGGAAAAGACUUCAACGACAUUCGACAAGACUUUCUGCCAUGGAAGUCUCUGACCAGUAUCAUAGAGUACUACUACAUGUGGAAGACCACAGACAGAUAUGUGCAACAGAAGAGACUGAAGGCAGCAGAGGCCGAGAGCAAACUGAAGCAGGUUUAUAUCCCCACUUAUAACAAACCCAACCCCAACCAGAUCUCGAUGACCAACGGCAAGAUGGCAACAGUGAACGGAGCGGGCCCCGGGGCCUUCCAUGCAGCAGGCGGAGGCAGAGCCUGCGAGAGCUGCUAUUCCAUGCAGUCGGCCCAGUGGUACUCAUGGGGGCCGCCGAACAUGCAGUGUCGCCUGUGCGUGUCCUGCUGGAUGUACUGGAAGAAGUACGGCGGCCUGAAGAUGCCCAGCAGAGCGGAAGUCCCCGAGGAGAGGACCUCCCCGAGUCCGGCAAGCAAUGAGUCUCGCUCACGAGGCCACGCCCCUCGCCAGUCUAACCACAUGGUGCCGAUGCGAAACAGCGGCAGCCCCAAGUCCUCAAUGAAGACCAAGCAGGCCUUCCUGCUGCAGGCCACCCGCCUCACCAAGCUGGCCCGGCACAUGUGCCGUGACAUCAUCAGGCUGCGCCGUGCCGCGCGCCGGCCCUUUGUCCCCAUUAACUGUGGGGCCAUAAAGGCAGAGUACAUGCUAAGGGCCACAGAGGGGCAGGGGACCCGCCUACCCAAAACCAGAGCCGCCCAAAGGAGCACUCUGACCAGCGUUGUGCAGUUUUUAGAGUCCCGUCCUGCAGCCCACGCCCCUCGCUCCCACCGCACCCCGGGCCUUCAGACGCCUCCCCCCCGACGCCUCCUCUCCUCUCUCCCACACGGCCCCCACGGCAUGCUGGGAAAACGCAGCUACCAUCACCACAGCAGGGCCGAGCCAGACAGGCGCUCAGAGAACCCAGGUACAACAGGUGGACCCCUCCUGCACAACGGCCGCAGCAGCAGCAGUGGAAACACCCGAGGAGGAGUGAUGAUCCGCAAGAGGCGCCCGAACUGGAUCGAUGCCCCCGACGACAGCUUCUUCCUCGUCACCCGGGAGACCAGGAGGGCCCGGCGGAUGCUGUCCCGCUCCCAGCUGAGGCACGCCUGCCGGCAGCCCUGCGAGCAGAUCACCCUACGCAGGGCCUCCCAGGCGCCUCCGCAGGGGCUCGUCCUGGCGCCUCCACACCCUCACCCCAGCCUGAGGAUGCGGGGCCCCAUCGUCAUCCACGACUGACACUCCGCACCCACCCCGCCUGCGUACACGCUAACAAACUCUCCCCUCAUAUUCUCUCUCAUUAAAUCCCAGAGGCCUCCUUUUUUGCUUUUAGUCCCGAAGUUACAUUUAUGAUCCUUGACGACACUCGAGCUGAUGAGCCGUGAUGCAAUAGAGACACCUGACCUGACUGCAAGUUCUGCGUGUCUUUAAUCCCCUUGGGAAUGUGUAAAAGGUGUGUGUGAGUGUGUGUGUGUGUGAGUGUGUGUGUGUCUGUGUGUGUCUGUGUGUGUCUGUGUGUCUGUGUGAGAGAUCAUUGCCAACAACACGCAAGAGACUGAGGGGGAUGCUGAUCUCAGUUUUUAAUGGAAGGACAUGAAGGCGGAGCUUUGUGUGACCUUUGUGUUGAUGGUGAAUUGUCGUGAAGUUUUAUCAUUUUGUAU